AUGGGGUUCAGUCCCCCGGCCCCCUCCCCGGGGAACGAACCGCAAGUUCCUCCCGCAUCGUCUUCCAGCUUGUUUAUUCAGUCGCGUCCAGCUUUUGAACCGGAUGCGGCUGCAGGAAAUGCAGCGGCGUCCCUCGUAGGCCUUCAGAGCCUGCAGCAAUCCCCGCCUCAGGAAGCCCUUAGCGCAGAGUCACAGCAAGACAUGCAGGAGGAGAUGCAGACGGGGCCUGAGAGGGGGAAGGAGGAACCGACCCAAAUGGCGUCUCCAGCGUCUGCAACUAGCGCGUUUAAUGAUGCAUGUGCAGCAACCGCUUCUCUGGAGAAUGCUUUGGACAGCCUCGUGAGCCAGCUGGGAAACUCCUCCUUGACGUAUGACAACGGCGUCCGCAUGAUGACAAACUUGAAGUCCCGAGACAUUGCGCUGCGGCUCGAGGCAACACAAGCGUACCGCAGGUCUCUUAGCAGCCGACAGGAGGGAGCAGUUGUCAAUGCUGGCGGCGCUUCCUCCAUAGGCACUUUGCCCAGCGGUGCAGAUUUGCGGAGCGGUCUGUUGUUGGACAUUUCUAUCGAUGAGUUCGUGGAAAUGAACCUGGUGGCGCAUGUCGUUGAGUCAUUGCGCAUGCCGCAUCCACACCUGCAGCUUGAAUCAAUCCUGCUCCUGCAGCGGCUGUGCCGCGGGACCUUCGCGCAGACUUUGCGCGUUGUCUCCUCGAGUUUGUUGGAUGCCGUAGUGGACAUCCUCAAGAAGCUCACUCUUGAUUCUCCGGGUGGUGUGGAGCUGCGCGUGGCCAUCUUUUCUUUCUUGACGAAAAUUGCCCUGGACUUCAAGCACGAGAAGGACUUGUCGCUUGUGCGCAGGCCGUUAGUGCUUCCAGCUGUUCUCCGUUGUGCAAAUCUACACCUCGGCGUCGAGGCGGUUAGAUGUGUAGAAGCCCUCGUACACCCUCGUUUCUGCAGCGCAGAUAUGAAGGUGACAGUGCUCAAGUUCCUCGUACGCGUCAUGUCGGAGUCCACAGAUCCAGCAAGUCUUUCUCUGGCGUGCAACGCAUGUGUAACUCUUUGCGACAGCCCCGAGGGGGUGUCCGCUGUUCUGGAGGUCAUGGCCAUGCCACAUAUAAUGAAACUGUUGUGUCAUUCCGACGAGAACGUCGUGUUUGAUGCUCUUUCAAUUGCUGCACGCAUUGCUUUCAUCGGCACGACGCAACAGAUCGACCUCGUUAUAGGCAUGGGGACUGUCAGCACGAUGGUUCAAGUACUCACCGAUCCCGCCGUCUCCAGCCCCAUGGCUAGGGCCAGGGCAUGCAACACCAUUGGGAACUUGGGGUGCGAGACGCCCACGCAAGUCCAGGCGAUUAUCGAUACUCAGGCAUUCCCGCUGUUGCUGGAGAUCUUUCAAGUGGACCCGGACUAUAACACCCGCAUUGAAGCAGCGUACGCUGUGUGCGCGUGCUUGUCACGGGCUAGCCCACGGCAAGUAGGGGUUAUUGUGUGCUGCACGACUCGAGCACCGUCCUUCUUGGAUCGCGGCAGGGGCGCCACGAGGGUGUUUUUUGCCCAAGAGCCUGAUGAGCCAUGCGUUUUAUCUUUGACUGGGUCGAAUCCCUGCUUACACUUGAUCGCCGACAUGCUGGAACUGGUUUCUCAAAGUGACCCUUCAAACAGCGGCAGUCUCAAGCUCUGUAAGGCCAUUCUAAGGGGGUUGGAAAACAUUCUGGAGGUCGGUGUCCAAGAGGGGAAGUCUCUGGAUCUACCGGAGAACCCGUACGCCCGCCUAUUCCAAGCUGUUCAGGGAGACGUCAAACUAGCGAGGAUGCGGUACUUUCCCGACUACAACGUCGCUACGAAGGCGCAUAGUAUAUUGCAAUACUUCACAACGCUCUCAUCGCGAGCCAUUAAAGCUUGA